AUGGCUCAAGAAGACUCAAUCAGAAUGGUCUUAAUUGGACCACCUGGUGCCGGUAAAGGUACCCAGGCACCAAAUUUAGUUAAGCGUUUCAAUGCUGCUCAUUUGGCUACCGGUGAUAUGUUGAGAUCGCAAGUUUCCAAGGGCACCGAAUUAGGUUUGGAGGCAAAAAAGAUUAUGGACAAAGGUGGUCUUGUCUCUGACGACAUUAUGGUUAAUAUGAUCAAAGACGAAUUGCUAAACAAUGCCGCCUGUAAAAAUGGCUUCAUAUUGGAUGGUUUUCCAAGAACUAUCCCACAGGCCGAAAAGUUGGAUAAGAUGUUGGCAGAACAAGGUAGACCAUUGGAAAAAGCUGUCGAGUUGAAAGUUGACGAUGAUUUAUUGGUUGCUAGAAUUACCGGUAGAUUGAUUCACCCUGCUUCCGGUAGAUCUUACCAUAAAUUAUUUAACCCACCAAAGACUGAUAUGGUUGAUGAUAUAACUGGUGAACCUUUGAUUCAAAGAUCCGAUGACAACGUCGAUGCUUUGAAGAAAAGAUUAAACGCUUAUCACGAACAAACCGAACCAAUUGUCGAUUUUUACAAGAAGACUGGUAUCUGGGAGGGUGUUGAUGCCGCUCAACCACCAGCCACCGUAUGGGAAUCCAUUUUGAAAUGUAUUGGUAAGAACUAA